UAAGCAUGACUAAGGGCUAUUUAUUUACGAAUUCAAAUAUUCCUAAGAUUUUUUUAUCACCAUUGAAAAUUAAUUUUAAAGCAUCAAGCCAUUUAAAAAAAAAAAAAAAAACAGAAAUAUUUGAAUUCAACAUAAGAAUUUGUUUGUUUUUAUUUUAAAAAUUUUCAGAAUAAGCAAAAUAAAAACAUACAAAUAUUUGAAUUCAACAAAGAAUAUAAAUUUAUGAGUGUCAAAGUUUCAUUCAAAAAAAAAAAAAAAAAAAAAUUUGAACUUUGGACAAACUGGAUAUAAAAAGUUGCUUCUCCCUUAGGCAGUUUGAAUAAUUUGGACCGUUAAUGUUAUGGUGAUUGCUUGUGCCUCCAAAUACUUGACAUCAAGAUCAAGUCGCAGAGUUCUCUCUCUAUUGGACCAACAAUGGCUCACAAUGACACAAAUCAAGCAAAUCCAGUCCAACCUCAUCGUCUCCGGCACCAUUUCCGACCCUUUCGCCGCCGGCAAGCUCAUUGCCUUCUGCGCAAUCUCCGACCGCGGCGACCUCCAUCACGCUCACUGCCUCUUUCGCCUCCUUCCUCAUCGCUCCGCUUUCCUGUGGAACACAAUGAUCAGAUCUUUCACCGAAAGAAAUGAAGGUUUCAAAGCUCUGUCUAUGUACAAAGAGAUGCUCAAAAAUGGGGUUUUACCCAACAAUUACACAUUCUCUUUCGUUCUCAGAGCUUGUUCUGAAUUGGGAUUGGGGUUUAUGUACCAUGCCCAAGUGAUUAGAUUGGGUUGGGAAGCUUAUGAUUUUGUACAAAAUGGGUUGAUUCAUUUGUAUGCUACUUGUAAUUGCAUUGAUUCUGCUCGUAAAUUGUUUGAUGGUUGUUUGAACCGUGAUGUUAUUACUUGGACCUCUGUGAUUAAUGGGUAUUUAAAGUCUGGGCAGGUUGUGAUUGCACGAGAGCUGUUCGAUCAAAUGCCGGAGAAGAAUGUGGUUUCUUGGAGUGCAAUGAUUACUGGGUAUGUGCAGAUUGGGUUGUCUGAAGAGGCGCUUGAGCUCUUUAAUGAUAUGUUGGUUGCUGGGUUUCGGCCUAAUCACGCUGGGGUUGUAGGAGCACUGUCUGCUUGUGCAUUUCUUGGUGCUUUGGAUCAAGGUAGAUGGAUUCAUGCGUAUGUUGAUAAAAACAAAAUGGAGCUAGAUAGAGUUUUGGGCACCGCGCUUGUGGACAUGUAUGCAAAGUGUGGGUGUAUAGAAACUGCGUAUCGUGUCUUUGAUCAGAUGCCAUGUAGAGAUGUGUUUGCUUUUACUUCUUUGAUCUCUGGUCUAUCAGAUCACGGUCAGAGUGCAAGUGCAAUUGAAUUGCUCACAAGGAUGGAAAAUGAAGGGAUUAAGCCGAAUGAAGUCACAUUUAUAUGUAUUCUAAGCGCUUGUAGUCGAAUGGGGCUGGUAGAAGAAGGGUUGAAAAUCUUUGAAAGCAUGAAUAAUGUUUACGGGAUUAAGCCAGGGGUUGAGCACUAUGGCUGCUUGGUAGAUCUAUUAGGUAGAGCAGGGGUCUUAGACUACGCAAAGAAGGUUGUUAGAGAGAUGCCCAUGGAACCAGAUUCUUAUGUUUUAGGCGCACUACUCAAUGCUUGUAGAGUUCACGGUGAGGUUGACAUGGGUAGGGAAACCGUUAGGGGUUUGAUCGAGAAGAAGCUUGACCAUAGUGGGAUUCAUGUUCUUCUCUCAAACAUCUAUGCCUCGGCCAACAAAUGGGAUGCGGUGGAAAAUGUAAGGAAGGGAAUGGAAGAAAAGAAUGUGAAGAAGGUUCCUGGUUGUAGCUUGAUUGAAGUCAAUGGGGUGGUUUGUGAAUUUAUAGCAGGAGAUAGGUCUCAUGUGCUUAUGGAGGAUAUCAUACCAUUUUCACUUGCUAUUGAAACUCACUUGAAAUCUCUGUGCUUUGAUGAUGAUUUUAUCGCUACUGAACAAGUUAAUUUGUAACCUGAAGCGGGUCCACAAUUCACUCUUAGAAGGACCAGUCUUUGAGAGAAACAAGCUUUUGGUCUAAUCAGAGGACCUUCUUCUCCACCCACAUCGCUCUCAACAUGGUACAUUUUUUAGAUGAUAGAGGCAAAGGGUUAACCUCUUAAUGUGGAUGAGAGGAGAUACUAGAAGCCAAUGCCAGCACUUCCUUAAUAUUUGGACGGCUGAAAUAUUUCGGUAGACGUGGCAGAAAAUCAAUCAGAACUACAAAGAAUCGAACAUAAUCAGUACUAGGCGAUAUUUACAGCUUAUUUCAGGAUAUGGGUGGUAAUAUUGAUUUGCAUGGUUUCAUAACAAGUUGCUCCAUUUUUGACCUGGAGGUCACGGAUUCGAAACAAGAAACAGCCUCUCCACGUGCGGAGGUAAGACUGCGUGCAUCUAACCUUUCCCAUCCCCGCAGUGGCGGGAGCCUCGUGCACUUAGGCUAGCCUCUUAUUAUUUAUUUAUGGUUUCAUAACCUUUUAAGUAUCUUCAGCAAUCAUGCAGGGAAGAUAAUAAGCUGCUGCAGAGACAUAAAUGAUUCAACCACCAGAAAUGUAUAUUGGCAUCUCACAGUAACACCAACAAUAUAUCAAGAGCCAUAUCAAAUCGAAAUAGAUGGCAGACUCAAGAGCUAAGUUUCCAGCAUCAGUCUGUCCUCUCCCGUCAGAAAUGUGGGAUUUUCCAUUGAACUAUGUUCAGUCAGAAAAUUGCACAUUCACCAGCCAGUAAAUUCACCAAUCCAAGCAGUCACCAACUCGGGAAAAAAAAAUGCAGGGGAGCUUGAAAGUUGCAGCUGCUUGGAUUCCUCAAUGUUAGCACGGACUUAUUUCGCUGCAUACUCUCAUUAGAGUGCUCAAUGCUGACACCUCUUCAAUUGAAUGCUGAUUUCUCACCAUUGUCUUGAGUUUCGAGGUUCUAGAGGUCUUUUUGAUUCCAGCAUGAGCUGUUGCUGCAACUGCCAUGCAUUCAAGAUGGCCAAUGUUUAUAAACUAGUACAUGUUCAUAUAUUGAGUUUUUUUUUCCCCCUACAAUGGUGGUGUCCAGCGUCUUAAAACACGUCGUAAUCCACCACCGAACACGUGUGGAGUCUUCCAUCCCACAUGCAACAAGCAAUUACCGGAAAACUUCCAUUAGGUCACAAGAUAUUAAGGAGUUGGGCAGCAGUGGAGAGCCUUUUAAAUCAGGUGACAACAUGUCCCUGUUGAUAGAAAGAAGCCUCAGAAGGUUGUGGUCCCCCAGGGGCCAGAGAUACCUCAUGCACAUGGCAUGUAUUCCUCUGUUUACACACACACACACACACACGUAUCUAUAGAGAGAGAGGGAGUCUUUUUGGAUACGAUUCCAUUUCUUUUACUCAAAUCUGUUGAGAUGAUUGCAAGUGUCCUCUGGCUUUUGAAUCAUUCGAAAGCUUCAUUUUUGUUGUCUAAUUGUGAACGAAACAACAAAAUGAAUGGAAUGUGCUCAUUGUGUCACAGCCUAAUCAUGGAACACUUAUUGGACCAUAUCAAUUUGUUCACGACUGCGAUGGAUUCAUGAGCAAUGUGUACGUUUUUCACGCUGUUUUUAUUAUGAACUUUUCGAGAUUCCAUUUAAUGUUGUGAUUCAAGCUUUAGGUACAUUAUGCGUAUUGUCACUUGACAAAAA